AUGCGUCAAAACAAGUCCUUUUUCUCUCUGAUUUUGCUUGCAUUGAUAAUAUUCUGUCAAGGGUUUCAGUCCAUUGAGGGAAUAAGGUAUCUGAAGUCUGAUGAAAUAAUGCAACAUAAAAUGCAUAUUGGCAUUUUUUCAACAACAGAUGCCGCCGCAAUCACAGACCUGUCUCCGCCAACGCCACCCACCGAAGCGGUUGGUGGGUCGCCGCCGGCUCCGGGUCACGACGUUGAUAAUUUCAGGCCCACAGCACCUGGCCAUAGCCCUGGAGUUGGACACUCCGUUCACAACUAA